UCAUCGUACCACAAGGACGGCUACAAUGUCUCUGAAGGUCUCAAGCGUGCUCGUGAGCCCUACCGAGGCAGGAACAUCGCCAUCGGUCUCGGUCUGCUCGGCUUCGUUGGUGGAACAUACUUCUGGUCCAUCUCCAAGGUGAAGCAGGACGACUUCUCUGACCUGGCGGACAUCCGUGCAUCGAACAAUUCCGAUGCUGUCAAAGCUCUCAGGGAGGCCGGACAUGACUUCAAG